UUCACGAUUAUUGUUCCUAUUUCAACAGGCGUGACUACAGCAAAUAUUAACCGAUUGAAAUGACAAAGUGUUGACGGUGUAACCGCGUUGGGAAAAGUGUGCGUGAGCCUACGUUCAGCGGCCAAACUUUCCUGUCCCGUGCACACUGUGCGCCAACGCUUGUAGUCCAGUGCUCAACCAGCGCGGUAUCUGGAAGGUAAAGGUUUCAAAAGUGUGUGAUCCUAGUCCGGCCGGAAUGGAGAUGGCCCAUGAAGUGGUGGAACUUGCCAACGAGCUGGCUCGUGCCGUGAAGAUAACGAUGGACCCAGAAGCAACACAGCAGGCAAGGAUGGACGCUUACGUUGCCUGUGAAAGAUUCAAAGAUGUUUCACCUCUUUGCGCACAAGCGGGUCUUUCACUGGUGACCGGCAACUAUCCGCCCAUCGUACGUCACUUCGGACUGCAGCUAAUGGAACAUACGAUCAAGUUCAACUGGAAUAGCAUCUCGCAGCAGGAGAAGAUAUUCAUCAAGGAGAACGCCAUGAAACUGCUAAACGGCGGCGUCGGUGAAGCACAGGAUCAAAGCCUCGCUCACAUCAAGGACGGUGUAUCACGGAUUAUCGUGGAGAUGAUAAAACGUGAAUGGCCCCAACAAUGGACUACGCUGCUAGUGGAAUUGAGCGAUGCCUGCUCACAGGGCAUGGCCCAGACGGAGCUAGUGCUGCUGGUGUUCCUUCGAUUAGUCGAAGAUGUGGCACUGCUGCAGACAAUCGAGUCGAAUCAACGGCGGAAGGACAUUUACCAGGCACUGACUGUGAAUAUGUCGGAGAUAUUCAACUUUUUCCUGCGACUAAUCGAACUCCACGUGGGUGAGUUCCGCAGUGCAACCUCGGUUGGAGAUAAGCACAAAGCGCACGGCCACAGUCGUGUCGUGCAGGUUGCAUUGCAAACACUAACCGGGUUCGUAGAGUGGGUAUCGAUCAACCACGUCAUGGCAGCAAACGGCCGGUUACUACAGAUCCUAUGCAUUUUACUGACGGACGUCGAUUUCCAGCAACCUGCAGCAGAUUGCCUUGGACAGAUUGCAAAUAGGCGCGGUCAGCUAAAAGACCGCAAACCGCUGCUCCUUCUGUUCGAGGAUGCUCCGGUGGAACAUUACUACCAAGCAGCGACACAAAACGAACGUCUCGGAACAGAAUCUUACUAUAUGUUCCUGAAAAAACUCAUCCCAGUACUGACCGGGCUAGCAUCGCAAAUGACGGCCCUUUGGGGCAAGGAAGAAUGCCAACCUAUUCGUCCGCACUGUUUGGCGACCUUCUUAGGCACGGUACUGAUUUUCACGCGUCACUCCAGCUACAGCCUCGCUCAUCCCGCUGCCCUGAUUUGGACGAGCCUGUUAAAACACGAGCAAAUAUCCAAGGAGCAUCUGGUACUUGAGUACAUUCCACAGGUGAUCGAAGUGAUCGGACCGAAGAUCAUCAAGGUAAACUAUCCGCUUAGGCGCCCCACGGAAGUAACGAUGCAUCCGCAAACUUUUGCAAGUCUCGAUUACGACGGCGAGGAAGAGUGGCUAGUGUUUUUCUAUCGCUGUCGAACGGAUUUUUUGGAAAUCUUUCGUCAGGCGACACUGAUUGCACCACUCGUAACGUUUUCCUACUGCGAACACUGGCUUAGUGCAAGGUUGCAAAAAACGACCACAACCGAGCGUAACACCACGUGCAGUGUAACCGAUCCGGUAUACCUCGAGUGGGACGCACUUACCAACGUGCUCGAUGGAGUGUUAUCGCGGAUUCUGAUGGUCACCGAGCGCCCAUCAGUGUCGGCCGGGUUAAGACUGCUCGAGGAAUGUCUGAAGGUGGAAACAACGGAUCCACUCGUCCUGUCGGUGCUACUCUCUUGCAUUUCUUCACUGUUCGUGUUUCUCAGCAUGUCCUCCUGUCAAAUCACGGCUGCUAACUGUGUCGCCAUGACCGGUGUACAGCUGUUGCCGCGUGUGCUGGAGAAGAUAUUCGCCUCGUUAGUCUUUCAGGAACCGGGUGAAACGCGACACUCGCGUACGGUGGCGGUUAAGAAUUUGCGUCGGCAUGCGGCCGCCUUAAUGGUGAAAAUAGCGCACAAAUACCCGCUGCUGCUGUUGCCUAUAUUUGACCAGAUCAACACGAGCGUAAAGAACCUCAUCAUUCAGCCGGACCGGCUCAGUAAGGUGGAGCAAGUGACAUUGCUGGAAGCGUUGCUGCUUAUUUCGAAUCAUUUCUGCGACUUCGAGCGACAAAGCGGAUUCGUUGCGGAAGUCAUACGCGAUGGCGUAACAAUCUGGGGUGGAAUCUUGAGCCCGGUUGUAAAAAAUGCACACACCUUCAUCGAGUACGUCGGUUUAAACCAUCCAGCCAUCGAACCGUUUUCCACCACGAUCGAGGAUCCGUACAACGUCAACCGUAGGCAGCUUACUUACGCGCUCAGUCUCGUGCUGGGAGUUAUAAAGCGUUGCUCUUGGCCAGACGAUCCGGACCGUUGCUCACGGGGUGGAUUCGUCGUAGCAUUAACCGAGUCCGGCAAUCCGAUCUGCCGUAAUCCAGCCACCUCGCACGUUGUUCCACUAUUGCCCCACAUCCUGUCGCUGAUGCGCUGUCUCAACGAGCUGUGGAAACCGGACGCUCUGCAGACGUUUUCGGACUCGUUCCGAAACGCCAACGGUAUGCAGGAGAGCGAGAAAAAGCAACUGCUCGGUGUUUCGCCGGUGCUGCAAGAUCCUCUCGAUCCAUCGCAGAAGAUGCCACAAACGGCUUUCGGACGCAUGCAAACAUUUUUGUCAAGCAUCUUCGAGCACUGUUACCACAUGAUGGGAUCUGCUGGACCGGCGCUGGGACGAGAUCUGUAUGCACUGCCCGGCAUCGCAAACGCUAUCGUUGGCAGUGUGUUUGCCAGCUUGGAAUACGUGCCAGACUUUCGUAUCCGGACCAUUGUUCGGGUAUUUCUUAAGCCAUUUAUCUACUCCUGCCCACCGGUGUUCCAUGAAGCAGUUCUGUUGCCGAUCUUUGCCCACUUUGUUCCAUUCAUGCUGACAAGACUGACUGCUCGCUGGCACUACAUUACGUCGCUUUACGAAUCUGGCGAGCUUGGAGAGGACGUGAGCGACACACAAGAAGUGUUGGAGGAUAUGCUCAAUCGAACGCUUACUAGGGAAUACAUUGAUGUGCUGAAGGUGGCCCUGGUCGGUAGUACCAUAGAUCCGACCGCAAAUUCAGCCACCGAUGCACCGAUGGCUGGCGGCAUGGAUCAGGAUGAUCAGAGUAUGGACGGUACCCCGCAAGCGCUGACACGCGCUGCACAAUCUGCCAUGACAUCGGAGGUCAUCAGCGAUCUGGGUGGAAAAUUAUUACGCAAUCAAUACACCAGCAACUCAAUCGUUAUGACGGUUUUAAGCGUUCUUUCAUGGAAUGACAGUACCUCUAGCUUAAAAGCAACAUUUCUCAGUGGUCCAAUCAUACGAUUCCUAGCGUCGGAACAAUUAGUCACGGAAACACUGGCGUCUAACAUUAUCAUCGCGGUAUUGAAGGCUCUUCAACAGCACGGUCAACACGAAUCCAAUCAGACAUCGCUCAUAACGCUCGGUGUGCAGACGUACGAAAUACUUCGACCAAAGUUCCCCAACAUACUGGAAGUGUUGCAGCAGAUCCCGAACGUGAGUGCGGGCGAUAUACAGAAGCUGGACGAAAAGAUAUCGUCCAGCAGCACGAAAGGAAACAAAAUCGAUAAGGCAAAGAAGGACCUGUUCAAGAAGAUCACAACGAAUAUCAUUGGGCGCAACAUUGGUCAGCAUGGUCGCAAGGAGGUGAAAAUUUUGAACCUUCCACCGAUCGUGGCACCACCCAACAAUCAUCGCACGAGCGCAUUUAAUUUGAUUGAAAGCAACCAGGAAACUGGUCUGGCGCAUUUAUUCGUCCGGCGUAGUUAGUGUCGCGUCGGUGUGCUGUAGUCGGGACAUCUAAAUCUAUCUGAAAGGCUGUACUUGGCAGGGAAAGACGACGAAUUCCGAAGCAUACACUCAAGAUUUGUGAAUAUUUUUUAUUAGAAAUUUAAGCUUAAGCUUCGUACUUUUUUAUAUUUAUUAGUCAAUCGUGAAAUAAUGCAAGUGCAAGCGCGCUUCUGCAUUUGGCGUGUUUUAGGGCAACAUUGUAAAGCAAAACCGUUGCACACCGGAUGAAUGUUACGCUAAUGCAUUUGUUUGUUUAUUUUUUCUUCGUUUCUUCAAUUGGAUUACCGUUACCGUGUAUUGAUUUUCCUGCCAGCGCAACAGUUAGGGCAACAGUUGUAAAAUAGCUACAUGUUUUCGUGUAAAAAUUGGAAAUUAAAUUUCUCUGUUAUCGUCAUAUCGUCGCAGCUUGUUUGUAGGUAUGUUUUUGAAACGGAUUACGCUACUAAAGGACAGGACAGGAGCUCCGUCGUAGGUUUGUUAAAUAUUUUUAUACAAAGGCGUAGGGGCUAAGCAAAUUGUAUGGUCUGCUGUGUGUACGUACACCUUCGCGACACACGAUACUGGUUUGCGUGUAGAGUCUCGCAGUGAUGUGCUUAAAAUGCUAUUUGCAUUUUUCAAUUCGUGUUCGGUUUGAUUCAAAUGCUAGGUCUGCAUCAGAUACGGUAGAAACCACGAGUCAUUGGGGAAAACUAUUGGGCCGCGCAUGUUUGCUCACGAUCCGACUAGUAAGGAUCACCCUUUUCCUAACAUUUAUUGUAGAUGCGAACAGUGCGUGUCGGCAUUUCGGAUCGAUACGGAUGUGUAAUAUUUAUAAAAUUACAUGAUACGCUAGUUGCGUCAAACGACCGGGAAAAUAUAAAUGUGUAAGAAGCAAUUAU